AUGGCGCAAGCAGGAGGUUCCUACAACAACCCCCUCAAGAAGUUCAAGCUGGUCUUCUUGGGCGAACAGAGUGUGGGCAAGACAUCUCUCAUCACCCGGUUCAUGUACGACUCGUUCGACAACAUGUACCAAGCCACCAUCGGCAUCGAUUUCCUCUCCAAGACCAUGUACCUCGAAGACAGGACAGUACGGCUGCAGCUCUGGGACACGGCUGGCCAGGAAAGAUUCAGGUCCCUGAUUCCCUCCUACAUCCGAGACUCGAGUGUCGCCGUGGUGGUCUACGAUAUUUCAAACGCGAAAUCAUUCCAGAACACGAGGAAGUGGAUCGAUGACGUCCGGGCCGAGCGAGGGAACGACGUGAUCAUUGUCCUUGUGGGCAACAAGACCGAUCUUAACGACAAGCGCGAAGUCACCACACAGCAGGGCGAGGAGGAGGCCAAGAAGAACAACCUCAUGUUUGUGGAGACGAGCGCCAAGUUGGGCCACAACGUGAAGACGCUGUUUAAGAGGAUAGCCCAGGCCCUGCCAGGCAUGGAGGGCAGCGAUGCCGCUGCGCAAGCCACCAACCAGAUGAUCGACGUGAAAACGAACAACUCGCCAACCAGCCAGGAGGGCUGCGCCUGCUAA